UGUUUUGUUGUUUGUGAUGAUGACUGAAGUGUUUUUGCACUUGACUUAUUUUCCUGAACAAAACAAAUGAGUCAUCCGUGGAUAGAUAAGGAGUAUCCCAGGAUAAGAGCCACACACACUGCAUAGUGAUCAUCGUUGUGAGUGUCAGUUUGGGCUAAGAGGCCUCACUUGCUGCCAGGAUUGACAUUAGAAACGUUGCGUGGAUGCCAGAGGAGCGGAGUGUCCCCUUAGAGAAAGUGUUUCCAUGGGUAAUAUGGCAAGGAGGAGUCCAGCAGCUUUUAAAACCCAGUGAAUGAAAAGAAUUGGACUCUGAUUCCUGUUGUUGAACAGCUCACUUUCUAGUCAUGUUUAAAGCGGGGGCGGUUUAUACUAAACAGCCCGAGGGUGGCUGAGUGACAUUUUUAACCCAUUAUAAACAGUAAACAGACCAUGAGCUCCCUGUGGGAUUUGGGCCGCACAACCUACUAGUUUUUAAGUCUUAACAGGGCCUCUCCUACAGUCUUGCUGAAAAAUCACAGAAUGGGCACCAUGGAGAUUGCGUAGGAGGGACUCUCUCUCUCCACUUCAUUCUCCAUCUCACGAUACCGAGCUCUAGUGAAGUGGUGGGAACAGUAUACAGGCCACUGCGCCACUUGAUCCCUUCUCAUGCAAACGUGAUCAAACCCUGCACAGAGGCUCGUUAUGCUCCUGAAACACAAUUUUACACCACGCACUGAAUUUCUUAUAGGCGCCACCACCGAUGGGCUGAUGGGGUAGGGAGACGCACACAUGCCCCGCGUGUAAGUGCUGUGAGUGACGGGGGCAGCUGCGGAGCCUGAACAAGUAACUUCUCACGGGACCUCGCGGUUGUGAAGCGCCUGACCUGGAGGAAACGCGAGGAGCGCGCAUAUCCCCAAAACAGACACGACUCUCUCUUCUGCGCCCGACAGCUGCAGAGGAGCUGGUAAGAAAAGGCACCGAGAGAGAGGAAGCAUAAUUCAUCUUUCAACUGGGCAGAGACGGUGCCUUCAAAAACAAAAAGCAGUGGGUGUGUAGCAUGGGAGCGCUAUGCUGUCCAAUAAAGGACUCAUCCCCGAGGAUUACUUGCUGACACGUUUAGCUGAGGAUGUGCUGCAGCCCAAGUUCAAGGCGAAACCGAAAAAAGCUCGGUUCGUCGCCAAGAACGGCACCUGCAAUGUGGCCCACACUAACAUCCGAGAACAGGGCCGAUUCUUGCAGGACGUCUUCACCACUCUCGUGGAUUUAAAAUGGAUCUACACGCUCAUCAUUUUCACUAUGUCCUACCUGUGCAGCUGGCUUCUUUUCGGAAUGAUGUGGUGGCUCAUUGCCUUUGCGCACGGCGACAUGGACCAGAGAGAGCAUGGCUUCGUCCCGUGCGUAACCGACGUGAAGUCAUUCUCCUCCGCUUUCCUCUUCUCCAUAGAGGUCCAGGUGACCAUUGGCUUCGGAGGCCGGAUGAUCACAGAGGAGUGCGUCUCCGCCAUGAUAGUCCUGAUCGUGCAGAAUAUCGUCGGGCUGGUAAUCAACGCCAUCAUGCUCGGCUGCAUCUUCAUGAAAACUGCACAGGCCAACCGGCGCGCAGAGACGCUCAUUUUCAGCAAACACGCCGUCAUCUCAGUACGAAACAACAAGCUGUGUUUCAUGGUCCGUAUCGGGGACCUAAGGAAAAGCAUGAUAAUCAGCGCCACCGUGCGGAUGCAGGUGGUCAGGAGAACUGCCACCGAGGAAGGUGAGGUGGUGCCUUUGGACCAGAUCGAUAUCCUCAUGGAUAACCCGGUGGGUACCAACGGUAUCUUCCUGGUGUCCCCCAUCAUCAUCUGCCACGUGAUCGACAAAAACAGCCCUCUCUACGAGAUGUCCGCCUCUGACUUGCAGCACCAGGACAUCGAAGUGGCCGUGGUGCUGGAAGGGGUGGUGGAGACCACUGGCAUCACCACGCAGGCCAGAACCUCUUAUGUGUCGGAGGAGAUUCUGUGGGGAGAGCGCUUCGUACCCACAGUCUCCGAGGAGGACGGGAUGUACGCGGUGGACUACUCCAAGUUUGGUAACACCAUGAAGGUCCCGACGCCGUGCUGCAGCGCGAAGAAACUGGAUCAAGCAGGUGGCAUCGCUCGGUUGAAACAGUACGAGGGCGUCACCUUGCGGCCGUCUGUGAGAAAGCGGCCCGCCGGUCCAGGAUGGAGACUUAGCACACUGAAGAUCUAUGUGAACCACGUCUACCGGCAGUUUAUAUGA